GAUAAUGACAUAGCUUUUUCACCUAACAAAAAUGGCAGAAUACAAACUUUCGUAUUUUAACUUCAAAGGACGAGGAGAAUUAUGUCGAUUGCUGUUUGUGCUUGCAGAUAAAAAAUAUGAAGAUCAUCGAUUUGAAAGAGAAGAAUGGAAAGAUAUAAAACCAUCUAUGCCCCUAGGACAGGUUCCAGUACUGACGGUAAAAGGGACACAGAUACCACAAUCAGGAGCAAUUAUUCGAUAUCUUGCCAGGGAUUUCGGACUAUACGGCAAGAACAAUAUGGAGAAUACCAUGGUUGAUGUUGUAGUAGAGACAAUUGAUGAAGUAAGGUCAGAGUUUAUAAAAUGGGUUAAAGAAGAGGAUGAAACAAAAAAGGCAGAAAUCAUCAAUAAACUGAAAGAAGUAGUAUUUCCUAAAUUCAUUACGUUUGUUGAGAAAGUAUUGAGGAAUAAUGGAGGAGAGUUCCUUGUUGGAAGUGAGGUAACACUAGCAGAUGUGGCUGUAUUUGAUGUCAUUGCAAGAAUAUCUGAUAUGUGGAGUCAGGACCUCAUGAAUAUGUCAACUGUAUUAAAAGCUCAUUGUGAAAAGAUUUCAUCCAUACCAAGUAUAAAGGCCUGGUUAGAAAAUCGACCAAAGACAGCUCGCUGAAACCUUGAUCAUUAUUUUUUUGUUUUAACUAAUCCGGACGAUUAUAUUUAGUAUAUAAUUCGGUUUGAUUAAAUGUAUGUUAGCUGUGUACUACAGAUUUAUAUAUGAAAAUUA